GGGGGUUUUGGUUUUGGUGAGAAGGAGAGAGAAAGAGAGAGAAGGUAGCGUCUGAAACAGCGCUUUCUCAGAGGAAGGGAAGGAUGAAAGGCAGAGAGAAGAAGCUUUGUUUGAAGACAAAUUCAAAUUUUCUGUGAUCUCUAUAAACCCUUCUGUAGAUCACUGAUCUCACGUGCCGGAAUUCUGUAGCAAUUUGCCGGAAUUUUAUCGUUGCAGUGAAGGUCUCUCCUUGAUCGAGAAUUGUGACAAGCCCGUCCUGAAACUUGUUACUGAAUAGGAAAAUGGCUACUAUGGUUUUGGUGAUUUGUGCUUGCUGAGUUCAUGUUGGUAGAGUUUCUUAGAUAUGGUGUUGCAGAAGAGGUUGGACUAUGGGUUUGUUGGCUACCAAGUGCCUGCCAUGCCCCGAGCGUCAAGAUCAGCCAGGGGGAGAAGUUGUGUUAGAAAGAAAGUCGAGAACAAUCAAAUGUGUGCUUUUGACUUAUUGGCUACUGUAGCUGGCAAGAUAUUACAGGAGAGGGAAAAUUCACCUGCACCAAGUGAUCCAUUGACUGUGAAAGAUCAUCAGUAUCCUGUUGCUAAAGGUAUUGUUAAACAGGAACAAGUGGAUGAAGAGAAUCAAUUGAAAUUAGAAUCUUGCGAUCAAGGAAGCUGCAAUGAGAGUUUAUUUGUCUCAGAGCUCAGAGACCACAAACAAAAUAAUAUCUCAAAGGAAUUCUCACAUGUUCAAAGUGUUGGGGGUUCAGGACCCUCAUCAGUAAUGACUAAUCCUGAGCAUUCAGAGAAGUCUGGUUCUGCUGAGGAGUUAGUUGUUGGCAAUGGCAAGAGUAGUUUUGGAAACUUUCCUAACAAAGUGAAGAUAGGCUCAUCAGGUUUUGGCAAGUGUGCUGACAACACUGAGGCUGAAACUGAGAAACCAGUAGACACCGAGGCACGAAAGAUCGGAAGUGUGAUUAAUGGAACUAUCCCUGAUACAUGCAGUACGGAGGGUCCAAUGGAAUUGGAUAGGAAACCUCAAGCAUUGGUCAGUUCAGAUAGCAGUGUUGAGGUACCUUUGGGCAGAGUCCAUGUUCCUCGUCGUUCUCUUUCUGGGCGUCGAGAUGAUGUAAAGGUAGUUAGUAGAGAUGAUGACGAAAACUCUUCUGGUUGCACUCAACCUAGCAAUGUAGCUUUGAAGGGCUUCAGGUCACCACCACGUAUUGGAGACCGCAGGAUAAGGAAGUUGCAGGCUUCCAAAUGUUGGAAAAUGGCCCCAAAGCUGAAAGAUGGGGAACUUUCAAACAGUGAUGAGGAAACAAAGCCUGUUCACCGCAGUAGGAAAAGCUCUUAUACACGUCAAAGAUCACAGAGGAAUUCUCCUUUUAAAAAGAGAAAGCUGUUUGAUGGAAGGUCUAUGUCAACAUCUGAUGGUGGGAUUAGUAGUGAAGGCAUUGCUAAUUCACCUAUUAAGGGCAUUCAUAGAGAUGUGACUGGUACAGGUGCAACGUUGCAUGGAGCUAGUGGGGCAUCAUCUUCUGUGGCAGGUCCACAAGCAACCUUCCGGUCAAGGGAUUCUCAUGUGAAGCUUCGUAUCAAGUCCUUUCGUGUGCCAGAGCUCUUCAUUGAGAUUCCUGAAACUGCAACUGUUGGUUCACUGAAGAGGACAGUUAUGGAGGCUGUCACUGCUGUACUUGGAGGUGGACUACGCGUUGGUGUACUUCUUCAGGGGAAGAAGGUUAGAGAUGACAACAACACUCUGCUACAGACUGGGAUCUGUAAUGAGGACAAGCUGGACACUUUGGGUUUUACGCUGGAGCCUAACCCUACAAAUUCUCCACCUCCUUUGUGUUCUGAAGAUCCUUCCCCUCGACUUCCUAGUGAUACACCUCAACAACUAACCAGGUACCCAGCCAGUGAUGUUUUAGAUCCAGGGGCUUCCAUUGCCUCACUAGAUCCUCCAAUGACCAACAUAGGCAACGGUAUUGAAAGUGAUCAUGAUUCGGUUCCCUCUCCUACUGACAUCUCUGCAGACAAAAUCACAUCUGAUUCCAGAGCACUUGUUGCUGUUCCUGCUAUGAGUGUUGAGGCAUUGGCUGUUGUUCCAUUCAACCCGAAAUCUAGGCGUUCUGAAAUUGUACAGCGCAGGAUCAGAAGGCCCUUCUCUGUAUCAGAAGUGGAAGCACUUGUUCAAGCUGUAGAGAAACUUGGGACUGGAAGGUGGCGUGACGUUAAGCUGCGUGCUUUUGAUAAUGCAAAGCAUCGAACCUACGUGGACUUGAAGGACAAAUGGAAAACACUGGUGCACACGGCAAGAAUAUCCCCUCAGCAAAGGAGGGGAGAACCAGUUCCACAAGAGCUGUUGGACAGGGUCCUUUCGGCCCACGCUUACUGGUCUCAACAGCAAGCCAAGCAACAGGCGAAGCAGCAGUCAGAGACAUGCCUUCUCCUCUGAAAUAAUUAUUUAGAAGCCAAAGAGGAGAGGAACUAGGAAGGAAGAGUUAGAAGAAGGAUCUCUGAUUUAUGAUUUUUAUUUUUUGUAAAAAGGAAGAAAAAAAUUAUUGUGAAGAAAUUCAUGUAAUAUUCUCACAACACACUCACUCACUCACCCAAUGAUUCUUAAGCCAGAUUUUUCCUUUCCGCUGGAGAGGGGUUGGCGAUUGUAAAUGUUCACAGGAAUAAAGAGCUCGCUAAGCUAACGGAAUUCGUCCAACGCUGGGAAGACUGGCGUUUUGCUGUUCA